AUGAUGAUGACGUGCCGUCUGCUGUGCGCCCUGUUGGUGCUCGCCCUGUGCUGCUGCCCGUCCGUGUGCGCGAAAGACACUGAACUGGUUCCGAAUUCAGGCUCUAAUGGAAAUAUUUCUAGUCUGCCGUCCCAUGCACCAGCCACUAAUUCAGCUUCGGUGGCCCCAGGAAUUUCAAACAAGAACGCGACGCCUGGGGAUCCUGCCGACGUCGGUCCAUCGCCCUCUCAACGAGAGGCAGUAUCACAGGUGACCGCUCCGUCAGGGCCGCCGAGUAAUGGGCUCGGUGCGGAACCGGGAAAAGUUGGUGGAAAGGGAUCAGAAUCAAAAGACACGAUCGAUGUGCAGCAGGGAGAAGAUAGCGACGACAAGGCAGGAACAGAAAUUGACACGAAUACAUCUGCAGACCAAAAGAUAAGAACGCC